AUUCACAAACCCAUCCCGGAUAAGGAGAGCAUUUACCUAAACGGCGUCGCUUGGUUGUUUUGCCCAAAACAUAACCUAAUAACUAGCACCUAUAUAAGCACGCGCUUCCCUUCUUUCGUACCCACUAUAUUAGGGUUUCUGUGAGGUUUGAGCGAGAGAGGAAAUAGCUGCCGCUUUGAAGCUAGAAGAUUUCACAAAUCAACCCGCAAAAUGUCUUUGGUGGCCAAUGAAGAUUUUCAACACAUUCUUCGUUUGCUAAACACAAACGUUGAUGGAAAACAAAAAAUCAUGUUUGCCAUGACGUCUAUCAAGGGUAUUGGUAGGCGUUAUGCGAACAUUUGCUGUAAGAAAGCGGAUAUUGAUAUGAAUAAGAGGGCUGGUGAGCUCACUGCUGCUGAGCUUGACAAUUUGAUGACUGUUGUAGCAAACCCAAGGCAAUUCAAGGUCCCAGACUGGUUUCUUAACAGGCAGAAGGACUACAAGGAUGGUAGAUUCAGUCAAGUUGUUUCUAACCAACUUGACAUGAAACUCAGGGAUGACCUUGAGCGUCUGAAGAAGAUCAGAAAUCACCGAGGUCUUCGUCACUACUGGGGUUUGAGAGUUCGUGGGCAACACACCAAGACAACUGGUCGUAGGGGUAAGACUGUUGGUGUCUCCAAGAAGCGUUGAGGAGCUGUGGUUGUAUCUUUAUGGAUUUUUGUCACAAGUUAUGUCUCUUUUCGUUAAUCAGAACCUAGAAUGAGGAUGAUAAGUAAUGUUUUGGCCCCUGGAGGCAGUUUUAAUGUUAUUUUUAUAGAUAUUAGCUUUCAACUCUUUAUGCUUAAUUUGAGAGAAGGUAUGUUUUUGCAGACUUGAUUUUAAAGAGUAAACUAUUUGCUGAUA